AUGCCGAAAACCAUCAUUAGUGAUCGGGACACGCGGUUCACAGGGAGGUUCUGGACGGAGUUGUUCAAACUGAUGGGAUCAAGCUUGAACUUUUCCACUGCAGUUCAUCCACAAACCGAUGGGCAAACCGAACGAGUGAAUGCUCUAUUAGAAAUCUAUCUGAGGCACUAUAUGAGUGCCAACCAACGAGACUGGCCCAAGCUGUAUGAAGGGCUCAAUCCAUCAACACACAACAUUGCCAAGGAGUGUCACGAGCAACACGACUUAGCCCGAGCUUGUUUGCACAAGGCAAGAAAGCGGACCAAGAAGUGGGCUGACCGAAAGCUGAGGGACGUGAACUUUGAAGUUGGCAACCUUGUUCUUGCAAAGUUGGACAAUGUUUUGCGCCAUGCGGAUGUGCACAAGGCGCUUCGUCCUCCACUUCAGGACGUCUACAAGAUUGGUGGUAUUGGAACUGUCCCUGUUGGUCGUGUUGAGACUGGUGUCCUUAAACCUGGAAUGGUCGUGACCUUUGGCCCCACUGGUCUGACCACUGAAGUUAAGUCUGUUGAGAUGCACUAUGAAUCCCUCCCGGAGGCUCUAUCUGGUGACAACGUUGGGUUCAAUGUUAAGAAUGUUGCUGUUAAGGAUCGCAAGCAUGGUUAUGUUGCUUCGAACUCAAAUGAUGAUCCUACCAAGGAGGCAGCCAACUUCACCUCACAAGUCAUUAUCAUGAACUACCCUGGUCAGAUUGGAAAUGGAUAUGCCCCAGUUCUCGACUGUCACACCUCCCACAUUGCCGUGAAAUUUGGUGAAUUGUUGACCAAGAUUGACAGGCGAUCUGGGAAGGAGCUUGAGAAGGAGCCUAAGUUCUUGAAGAACAGUGAUGCAGGGAUGGUGAAGAUGGUUCCGACCAAGCCUAUGGUUGUGGAGACAUUCUCGGAGUACCCACCUCUUGGACGUUUCGCUGUGAGGGACAUACACCAGACCGUUGUUGUUGGUGUCAUCAAGAGCAUCAAGAAGAAGGACCCAACCGGUGCCAAGGUCACCAAAUCUGCCGCCAAUAAGAAGUGAGAGCAAGGGUACAUCUUCUU